GCAAGCACCCCGCCAUAAUCACGUGGCUAUUCACUUGUUGAACCUCGUCACUUUGUUCUAUCAUGUCUUUAUUCUUCUCUACGGACACUAGGUACGACGACACCUACGGCAGUCAAAUUUGAUUUUGCACAACAUGCCUAUCACUGUUAUUCUCGGAGCCCAAUGGGGCGACGAAGGCAAGGGCAAAUUGGUUGAUGGACAGUGCCAGGAGGCGCAACUCUGUGCCCGAGCCGCGGGUGGAAAUAACGCUGGACAUCUCGUGCGUGUAAACGGAGUUUCGUAUAGCUUUCAUCUCUUGCCCUCUGGGCUGAUCAACCCCAGAUGCAUGAACUUCAUUGGUUCGGGCGUAGUUUUCCAUGUCCCAAGUUUCUUUAGCGAGCUCAAGGAGCUUGAGAAAAACCUGACCGCGGUACAUGAUCGGAUCCUUGUUUCUGACAGGGUCAAUGUUCUCUUGGACCUGCACAUCGCAGUGGAUGGUCUCGAGGAGGAGGAACUCGGAGACGCAGCCAUCGGAACAACAAGACGCGGCAUUGGUCCCUGCUAUCAGACAAGUAGAGCGCGAACUGGCAUCAAAAUGACCGAUGUCUUCCACCCUGAAGUUUUCGAGCAGAAGUUGAGGCGCUUAGCCGACGGCUUUCAAAAGCGCUUCGGAGAACUGCUCGAAUACGACAUCGAGGCCGAGCUUGCUCGUUUCGAUGAGUACAGGCAAACGCUCAGCAAGUACGUCGUGGACGGCGUGGCCUUUAUGAGAUCCGCACAGGAGAGUAACAUGAAAAUUGUGAUCGAAGGCGCAAAUGCACUGAUGCUAGAUGUUGAUUAUGGUUCUUAUCCAUUCGUCACUUCCUCAAGUACUACGCUUGCUGGUAUUAUUGGUGGACUUGCACUGAACCCAAAGAAUAUCACGGAGACGGUUGGAGUGGUCAAGGCUUAUACCACCCGUGUCGGGGCCGGGGCCUUCAAGACCGAAGAUACCGAAGAGAUUGGCACCAAGCUCCAGGAGAUUGGACGCGAAUGGGGAACGUCGACUGGCCGCAGACGCCGAUGUGGAUGGCUUGACCUUGUUGCUGUCAAGUACGGUAACUCGAUCAAUUACUACGACAGCCUGAAUCUCACAAAGCUCGACGUUUUGGAUACUUUCGAAACGAUCAAGAUCGCCAUUGCCUACAAGAUCGAUGGAGAGGAACUGGAUUCUUACCCUGCGGAUCUUGAAAUCCUGAACCGAGCGGAGGUGGUUUACCACGAGAUGCCAGGCUGGCAAAAGCCGACCACCAACGCGAGGACCUACUACGACCUCCCUAGGGCGGCCCGCGAUUACGUUGAGUACAUCGAGAAGUUUGUUGGAGUCAAGAUCAAGUACAUUGGCACCGGUCCUGACCGUGAGGCCAUGAUCCAGCGUGCCUAAUUAUGCGAGAUAGAGGAGGCACCCGAUGCUUGACUUGGGUCGUGCGUAAGGAGUGUUGGCUGUCGGAGUCAUUCGGUGACCGAAGAAGAGUGUGCGCAUUUAGAGAAUAGACUUGGACUUCUCGCAGGUAGGUCAUGCUUUAGACUUCAAACCCCGUAUAGCUAGUUUGAGUUCUGGUAUCGUAUAGAUCGAUCCCGCUCGUUUCAAUGAAGGUCUCUCAGGAGACAGUAAUUGGACCAAUGCUGAUGCCUUGGCUGAGAUAAGUCUUUGUUACCGUAGGACUACUAAGACUCUAUCGCUGUUAAGUAAAUUUCGUAACCGAGAAAAGGUAUCUUGAUAAACCUAUGACCUA